CGAUAAUCGUGGAAGUUGACACUCUGAAUGCUUUCCUCCUGACUGACUUCCGUUGCGUUUGAUUGCGUCUCCUCGCACUCUAUAGUAGCUUUCAAGAACGUUUCUUUUCUGACUCUGCACAGCUACUUGCUUGCCGCUUGGACAACUGUGACGCCUCUAGUCUCCUUCGCCAGCCCCCGUUCCUUCUCCACGAUGAACUCGCUCAAUUCCUUGGGCAACAGGCAGAUUGCCAGUCUGAACGCAGAUCUAGCGAAGAUGGAAUCGGGCGAAGCGGGACCAAGUGUACAGGGCCAAAUCACCACGACGCUCGGAGCGCUGAAUCGCUUGAUCGACGAUUAUGAUUCCAUGGCAAGAAAGGAGAUGGUCACGGCGGCCCGGGAGAAGGCCAAUACCCGCGUCGCAAAGCUCAAAGAAGAGCACAAGAACCUCAAGCUGAGAUUCGAGCAGGCAAAGUCUGAAGGACAGCAACGGAAACGCGACGAACUCUUCUCUUCCACUUCUUCUACCUCUCACUACUCCUCUGCCAGUGGUUCUGCAACACAACGCAAAGCUACCAACCCAAAUGCGCCCCCUUCACCCAUCCACGAAUCCCCCUUCGCUACCAACGCUUCCACUCACUCUUAUACUGGUCCAUCCGCACGUGAAGACUUUGCUCUGAGAGAACACACCUUCUUGCAAGAAUCGGAGAAUUCGAUCGACCAGUAUAUCGCUCAAGGGCGUUCGGUUCUGGAGAACCUGGUGGAACAAAGGGGGAUGCUCAAAGGGACCCGGAGAAAACUGUUGGAUGCUGCGAAUACGUUGGGUCUGAGUAGAGAGACUAUUGGCUGGGUGGAGCGGAGAACAAAGCAGGAUGCUUGGAUCUUCGGGGUUGGGGCGACCUUCACUCUCUUCAGUUUCUGGGUCAUUUGGCACUACUUGGGAUAAGAGGGGCUGCAACGUCUUGCAUGUACGAGCUAC